AGGCAAUGGUCACCCGAUAGCGAUGUGUGCGGGGAGGAGAGAGGUGCUACCUAAAGACGAUGCCGAGGCACAAUAGAAAAGUCCACUUAGAAUGACUUGACCAGGAGGCUUACACAGAAUGGUCAGUUUAGGUUUGUGCAGUGCCAGCCUGCGGGACGACAGGACCCUGAUGAAGAUGGGCCUGGGCAUGGUGCUGGUGGGCCACAUCAACUUCCUGCUGGGGGCGCUGGUGCACGGGGCGGUGCUCCGCCACAUCAGCCUGCACAAGCAGGCCCGCGCCAUGGAGUACGCCGUCUCCAACGUCAUCGCGCUGGUGGCCGGCAUGAUGGCUGUUGUUGUUGGAGUAUCAGCCAUCGUCCUGUCCAAAAACAGAAAGAACAAGACCCUGAUGUGGUUCCUACUGGUAGUCAGCGCACUGUGCGGUCUCCUGGCAGCAGCCUCCACGGCGGGGCUGACCGUAUCCAUGGUGAGGGCCAUCGCCAACGGAGGGCGGAGCCUGCUAACCCACUGCAAGUUCCCCGACGCCAUUGGCUACUCCAGUGUCACUAACGAGUGCCCCUUCGACCCCACCCGAAUCUACGGUACCACCAUUGUCCUGUGGGUGCCCCUAGCUCUCCUGAGCGUGUUGGAGGUGGUGUUUUCAGGGAGGUGCUUUGCUGCCUGUCUCUCUUUCCUGAACUUGCCCUGUGGCACCAGGAGAAAGAGGAAGAGGAUCGAUUUCAGACAGGUGAGAGUGUGGCGGCCGGAGGAAAUGACAUCACCUCCUCAGGCGGAGCCUCUGAGACAGGGGGCGGGGCCUGAACACCAGGAGUCCAAGAUUCAGCAGCAGAAAGAGGAGCCGGCUGAGCAGCAGGAGCUGGUCGCCAAGGUUACGCGGAUCAGGGUCAGCCGCGCCCAGCAGUUCAACAGAGACAGUCUCUGGAUAUGAGACUCAGGAUCUGAGGCAUUCCGGAGCCCUUGUGACAAAGGACCUUUCAACUUUGACCCCUGUAGGGGGUUACAUGAUGAUGGACGUCAAGAGGAUGCAGCUUUGAGAGCCUUGUUGAUUUCAUUGUGGUUGGAGAAACUUCACUCAGCCACUACUGCCUUGGUCAUGUUUUUGAUCUGUCUAUGAAAUGAUUUACUGUUGACUCCUAAUGCAACAAGGCUGAGGAAAGUUACAAUAUCGAUAGCUCUAAUGGGGUGGAUCAUUCUGGGGGCCCAAACAAAUUGGAGACAUUAUUUUAGGAACGUUGAUCUCCACUGGUCUGUGGUUUUCUGUGAAAUCUUCCUUCAUCUGGCCCCUUGAAAGUAGAGUAGGGGCAGUUUGCAAUCAUAAUGCGACACUAAUCAGUAAUCUAUAAUGAGCCCUGAAAUAAAAUCCUCGCUGCUGACCACGAAUGUAAAGCUCCAGCCAAACUGGAGCCAUUAGAACUCCAGCCAUUGGGUCAGAGUAAAGUCACAUUGCAAGCAGGAGGUCAAAGGAUAUGCGUGUGUGGUGUACAUCUGUAUGCUUUGCAUAAUCUGACAAGGUUAAGGCAGAUACAUGUGCAUCUGCUAACAUUUACACGAGGAAGUGAAUUUACCAUGUUCAGUGUAUUAUAGGGAGAGGUGAUCUGACCAUCUGUGGAGUACAUAUAGCAUUAUCGCUCCUAAACAUAUGCUACGUUUGACCUCCUCAGCAAGUGAUUAGUGUAUGAAGGGAGAGACUGGUGAGCAGUUUUGUAUUCAGUUUUGCAUGAAGGAAACAUUACUGGAGUCAUAGUUGUCGCUGUCAGUUUCUGGGAAAAGUGUUCAUCUUCCCUCUGCAGGGGAUUGGCUAACGGUGUCACACGGUGCUGACAUAUCGGCUGGCAGACAAGACUUUGGACAAGAUUGGCAAUUUGCUGGUGGUUCUCAGAAGAUGUUGGCUUUUUAAUGAGAGAGAAACCAGAGUUCCCUGCUAUAUUGUCACGAUCUUCAUUGUAGAAGCCGACCUCCAAGCCUCCAAUUCCUGUCAAGGGGCACGGAUACAUGUUACCCCAGCUCCCCUUCACCUGCUGAAUUUGAGUGCUUGUUUCCU